UUGAAUUUUGUAAAAUUAGAAUAAGUAUCAAAGAAAAGAGUACCAACAUUUCUACGUUACCAAGGAAAUUGGUGAAUACAAGAUGGCUGGAUUACGAUACCUUGGCUUUGUCAAAACCGUCAAGCAAAAAAAUGUCAAACAUGAAAUAAAAUUCAAGUCAUCAUUCAAUUCCAAACGCAACAAAAACUCACAAAAUAAAUGGGCGCACGUUAAAAAACAAUCCGCAACGACAUUCCAAUGAGUAGUACUAGCAGAACCUCUAAGCAACAGACAAAAAAGAGCGUAGCGCCUCCAAAGAACCCCGAACAACAGCACAAAUUACCCAAGGACUCGUCGCUCAAGGACAAACAGCUAUGGAUCAAACAUUGGCUGUACAAAUCUAACCCCGUAAUAGACCAGAAAAGCUUCUACGUGAACAAUCAUAUGCCUGUGACUAAUCGGCGCACGGUUACUCCCGGCCCCUCCGCCAUACCAGCCACGAGGCCCAAAACAUUAUCUCCGCGAGGCAAGAAAACACCACCCAACUACAAGCCCUCGACCGAUUACAGAACUCUGUUCGAGCAACAGAAGAAGACCUCGUCCGCUAAUUUCCCGAGGCAACCCAAAGUUUCCUUGUCAAGUAUCCAGAGGAGAAGCAGCAAACCGACUCCUAAAAAUAGUACUAAAAAGCUAGAUUACGUCACAUCCGGUUCCAAACUAUCUAAAGAAGGAUCCUCCAUGUCGUCCUCGUUGCAACCGAUCGCCAGUCGGUUUGUCCAAAACAAAUCGUCGACGUUCAAGAGCUUGGCUUCCGUGAAUCAGUCGAAGCACAGCGAGCUGAAGGCGGUGGUGGACUAUGGGGGAGAGUCCAAUCUGGCGAAGGCGCCGAGCAAACCGGAUAUCAUUGACGAGACGCCGCAGGAGAAUCCGCCGAAAGUCGCGCAGACGAGGAACAGUUUGGCCGACGAAGAAGGAUCCAAACCGGAAUAUGACGUUUCUUCAUUUCAUUUGGCCUCGAACCCGAACAACCUCCAGCCAUCUCAUGUUUCGAAUCAAUCGUUCAAUAACUCCAAAAACGAAGAUCGUGACAUGACUCGGGCGGCCUCCAAGCACACCCAAUGGUCCUUGAAUGCCUCCCUUCAAGAUUCCGCCUCCAGGCAGAGGAUGAGAAACCAAACGAGUCAAGAAAAAACGAUCAAUAGAGAAUUAAUGAACAUCAUUAACCUCGACCAAGACAUACGGAAAGUUAACGAACCGCCUUCGAACGAAGAAACUAGUACGCUCAACCAAGAUAGCAGCAGACGUCGAGAGAAUUUGGAAUCGACUGGGGAUACUAUCUCGGCGCCUGUAAAUGAGAACAUUUUUAAACGGCUUUCUGAAAUAAACGGUGAUCAAGAGGCAGGAUUUUUCAUUGGCGUUGAUGUGGGAAUAAGCAGCGCUCGAGCCGCCUUAGUCACAACAAACGGCAAUAUACUGAAAAUCCAUUCGCACAACAUCAAAACCUGGAACGUCCUUUCGGGAUUCUUCGAGCAAUCAUCCGAAGAUAUAUGGAACGCCGUCAUCGUUUGCAUUAAGAACAUCACCUCUCAAGUCGAUCCAAGCAUGGUGAAAGGCGUGGGAUUCGACGCGAAUUGCUCGUUGGUGUGCCUGGAUCAAACCGGCCAACCCUUGAGCGUGAGCCCUUCGGGCCACAACAAACAAAACGUGAUACUGUGGGUAGACCAACGGGCUUCAGAAGAAGCCAACGAGUUGAAUCGAAUCGAUCAUCCGACGUUGAAGCUGAUGGGCGGCGCCAUCACCGCCGAGCACCAGUUGCCCAAGUUGAUGUGGCUGAAGAAGUACCUGCGGACGAAUUGCUGGGAGAAGGCCGGGUAUUUCUUUGAUUUGCCGGACUUUUUGACCUGGAGAGCUACCGGAGUGGAUUCCAGGUCGGUGUGUUCGUUGGUACGAAAAUGGAAUUUCAACGUGAAACUGGACGGUUCGAGGGUGAACGGCACCGAAGGCUGGGACAAAUCCUUUUUCGAGCGGAUCGGUUUGGCUGAUUUGGCGCAGGAUAAUUGGCGGAAGAUCGGCGCCAACAUCAUGGUGCCGGGGUGCGGAUGCAAAUGCGAUUUAUCCGAUAAAGUUACUAAAGAAUUGGGUUUGAAUGCCGAAACCAAAGUGGGCACCUCCAUUUUGGACACCUACGCAGGCGCUUUGGGGUUGAUUGGAUGCACAGCUAAAGGAAUCGAUCCAGAUUUCGAUACUAGAGUUGCGUUAGUUUCUGGUACCUCAACCAGUCACAUUACAUUAUCCGUGGAUCCGAUCGUCAUCCCCAACGUCUGGGGCCCCUUUAGACACGCGAUCUUCCCCGGCUUGUGGGUGAACGAAGGUGGACAAGCGGCGACCGGUCGCUUAUUGAACAAGAUAUUAGACACCCAUCCCGCUAUGCAGUUUCUGGUGAAAAAAGUCAGCAAAAACAACGUUACAAGCUAUCUAAACACCGUACUAAAUAAGAUUAGUAACGAAAACGAUGUGUGUUAUCUCACCACGAAUAUACAUAUGUCACCCGAUUUCCAGGAUAACAAAUUGUCCAUUAACGAAACAUCUCUAAAAGGAAUGAUAAGCGGGCUAAUUUUAGAAAAAGACGUUAAAAACCUAGCGUUGCUUUAUCUUGCAACCAUCCAGGCACUCGCUUACGGUACCAAGCAAAUUAUAACUCGCAUGAAAACCCACGGCUAUCAACUGAAGACUCUCCUGAUUUACGGCGAUCUGGGCAGGAAUAAAUUGUAUACGAAAACAUUGGCCGAUGCCUGCCAAAUGUCGGUGCUGGUGCCCCAACAGGCGGAGAGUGUGUUGUUGGGGGCGGCCAUGUUGGGCGCCAAAGCGAGCGGUUUUUACCCGGAUUUAGUCACCACUGUGGAGAACAUGGGCGGGACGGGCGUCAUCGUCGCCCCUUUGGAGCAGGUCGCCGAGUUUCACGAGAAAAAGUACAAGGUCUUUUUGCGAAUGAUCCAAGACCAAGUUGAGUACAGAGUAAUGAUGAACUGAGAUUGUUUUUGCAAUAAAACCUAUGUGGCCUAAUUAAUUGCUGUAUAUGUAUGUAUAAUUUGCUUCUCAAAGUUUCACCCAAGAAGUUUC